AUGAGCACGGAGGAGAGGUUUAUGCAAAUCCUGUACAAUUACUCUGACAGCUCGGCAGAAGACAAGCAUUUUCUCAUUGUCAACUGCGACAACGUGUAUCAUGAUCGGGAUGACCCGGAGUGGCUACUCUCCCUGUUAAACACACUGGCGGGACUGCUGGAAGAGAUCGACCUUAACUCGACAAGUUCGCGUCACAAACUGCCCGACGUUCCAUCGGACAGCAGCAGCGGGCGAAGUCCCUGGACCUUCACUCCGCACAACGCCCAAUGCAUCUCCUACCUCAUGUCCCGACUGCUCGUCAGCAGGCCGGUCGACGUGCGGUCGCGCAAUCUCAUUCACAAGGUCGUCUUGAGGUUAUUUCGGAAUGCAAGUGGUGCGCAGGUAAAGGCAUCUCUUUUGCGAUUCUCCAAGUACUUUGCACGAUUCCUCACUCCAGCCGAGGUAAAGGACUUCAUUUUACCUCUCGUUACCUUCUGCUUGAAUUCGCGUAACCUCGAAGCCCUUGCUGCCGCUAUGGAGGCGCUCCCAAAACUGGUGGAAUAUCCCAUCUCUGUUGAAAUCUACGAGAAAUGCCUUCAUAAAGCCGUUAAUGCAUUCAAAAAGAGUGCCUCUCGACCGCAGGCAACAUUGACAGCUUCCAGUGUACUCACUUUGCAGAUCCAAUCAGUGGCGGUGCAAUGCAUGGCGAACAUUCUUCCUCAACUCCCACUAGCCACAGUGGAGAACGUCCUCCUUCCAUUUGCUCUGCAGUCAAUGGUCGAAGCUGCCAAUGGCAACACCGUAAGGGUCUGUGGUGGUGGAAGCAGUGAAAGGGCUGUCCGCCAAAGCGCCUCCUACCCAGCCCGCGAUGCAUCCUGUCUCAUUCCCGGCUACCUUAACGAGUUUGACUUCUUCCUUUCCGAGGGCGAACCAGUCAUCUCGCUGUGCUGCCUAUUGAAAGCCAUUCUCCACGAGCGCAGAACAAUCCUUUCACCCUCGAUGAUUGCUAUGGAGAUUCUACCCUGCCUGCUACCGCAAACCCUCAAUAAGCAGUGGCAGUUUAGCGAGGUGAGACUACACCAAAGAAUGUCUGACUCGGAUAUUAUUGCCAACAGCAGCAUGGUGUUACAUACUAUGUAG